AUGGCACGAACGAGAUACAACUCUGAUCGGCCCGGUACUCGAGCUGACAGACUCAGACAACACGUGAAUGCUGCUCGUAAUGCAGAGACUUACACCCAAUUCCGCCAACGACAGCAAUUACACCAUGAACAGGAAGAAUUUCGCCACGAAAACAUCCUAGACGACCCUUACAACCACCCUCAGGAAGAAGACACAUCAGACGAUGAAGAGAAUGACAAUGACAAAAGAAACUGGGUGGUACUUACCAAAGAAGAGCCUGUUAACCCAAUUGAUGCAGCAAUCAAAGCUCGGAAAGCACAGCAUCAACAACAAGCACGGCAGUACAAUUACUCGGCCAUGAUUCAAAGCCUGCACUCGGUGUACCUUGUUUUAAAAUACAAGACCAAUGACUGGACCGGUUCCAAUACUUUCUACGACUUCCGCGACUGCAACUGUCUGCCGCACACCAAGACAUCACAACCGGUGGAUUUAGUCGAUGUUUCCGACAAGACAAUAUUCUCGUACCUCAAGCUAACCGAACAGCAAAUCUUGGCGCAGGAAUCUUGUCCGGCAUGCUUUGGGCCCCGACCUCCCAACAGCAGUCUCUAUCCAAAUUCCACCCGUGACCAACUCAUCAUCUGCUUGGACGGCAACUUUCAGCAUUGGCAUCAUACCCUAGCCAGUCGUGACAAUGUUCCACUGGUUAUACCACGGAUUUUCAUUCAUCCCGACCAGGUGGAAGCAACCACCCAAUACAUCCGGCGGCAAGAACAGUUAUUAACACCCCCAUCCCAGGUAGGCUUAGCCGACCUUUCUAGCGAAACAGAUGAUACAAGACCUCCAGACGAGCACAUUGAUUCUCUGCCAAUGGCCGGGAUGACAUAUCGCCAAAAGCUGAAAUGUAUCAACCAAGAGUUACGCUUACGUCUUUCGACUCAUAAGGUAUUGGUGCAAGAUUGGUCGGAUGAUGUGAUGUGGCUGUCGGACGCUGGCGUUAAUCUAGAAGUACCAGAUAUCGAUGAGGAAUUGGAAGACGUAUUGUUGGAUAAUGAGGGGGACGAUGGGGAUUACGCCGAAGAUGAUUGGGUCGAUGAGAUUGGAUAUGAUGAUACACCCAAGGUCGCCCCACCUUUACCAGCCGAGGUCGCCCCACCUUUACCGCAGGAAUCAGAGGCCCGGAUCUCUUCACCAGUACCUGAAGAAUUGAAUGUACCUGAUAGAUCUGCGCCAUCAAUCCCCGAGUAA